CAUAGUAGGUUUGUUUUUGUGUCACGAUAAUUUUCUGGCAUUGAAUAUUUUGAGAUUUUCUCUAACUGCCCAUCAAGACAGCUUUCGUAGCAUUUACGAACAGAGAAAUUACACGACUGUCGACUGAGCAAGUUGUUUUCGAGGCCUAAUCCUGUCGAAAUUGUGAUUCUAAGAAGAAACAAAACUGACUGUCUUACAAGAUGGAGGAAGGUAUACAUGAUAUUGUUGAGAUAAACAAGGAAAUGGUGGAAGAGAAAUCCUCGCCCCGCUCAGAGUUUGCUGCGGUGAUAUUCCACAACAUUCCCGAGACGUACCCAGCAGAUGCGGACAUUGAGUGCCAGUACACUCUGACAUCAGACUUAUACCCCAGCACACGAGACUACAUCGGCCUGUACAAAGUGGGCUGGAUGUCCUACAGAGACUAUGUGUACUACGAGUGGGCACCAUGGCCAGCUGAUUACGAGGCAGGCAAAGAGACAUACAGCAAAGUUGUAUUUCCAACAUCACAGCUGCCAAAGGAUGAUGGUGAGUUUUACCAGUUCUGUUAUGUGAUGAGGACAGGGCAGAUACGAGGGGCCAGCAUGCCAUUCCAGUUCAAGCGUCCUUGUGCUGAUGAUUUUGUGGAGGAGGAAGAUGAGGAAUCAGACAUGCUGGUCAUCCGCUCUAAGACCAUAGUGCUGGAGGAGAAGCUGAAGAAAGCAGAGGAUGACCGCGCAAAGCUGAUAGAGACUCAUGAGAAUCUUGAGCGUGAACGUGAAAGUAUGAUAGCGAAGAUGAUGGAACUGAGCAAACAGCUGGAUACUGAGCUGAAGGAUAUUGUGGAGGGUAAAGUACUGGCUUUGGAAACAGAGAUUGAAGGUUUCCAGCGCCUGAUCAAGUCUUUACAAAAUGAAAAGGAUGAGUUGAUGGGAAAGAACCAAGCACUGGAGCAGGAAAAGGAACUGUAUAAGAACCAUAUGACAUCCUCUGAAAACACGGUCCAGUCUCACCAGACGGAGAUGGAAGAGAUGAAGAAAGAACUGAUGGCGGCCCGUGAGGCUCUGCACGCAUCCCAGGGAGAGUUUGUCGUCUUGAAGGUGGCACUGGAGACAGAGAAGUCUGCCCUGCAAAAGACAAGCUCCGAGGCUCAGAGGGACAAGGUGAAAAUUGAGCAUCUGGCAGAGAUGCUGAGGAAUGUUGAGGACAAGCUGGAGACUGAGGAACACACCAAACAGAUGUUGACAGAGGAGAUUCUGGCCUUCCAGGUCACCCAGGAGAAAAUGUCACGCUCGCUAGAGAACUCUGAGCUGGAGUCUGACAAACUAAAGCAUAAGAUUCAGAUGUAUAAGGAAGAAAUCAGAGAGCUCAAAAGUGCCCUGGAUAAGGUCAGAGAGGAGCAUUCUAAGUUGGAGGGUGAGUACAACGAAAUCCAGCGUGAGAUGACCCGCCUGGUUGCUGUUGAGAAGGAGGUGGCGGUGUUACAAGGUCGUGUGAGCCGUGCCACCAGUGUAGAGCAGGAGCUGAAGGUCCUGCAGGAGCAGACCAAGGAGAACACUGACUCCGCCAGUGCCUGCCACUUCGCACUCCAGAAAGUGAACGACACUCUCAAAGAGAGACUGGUUAAGACCAGGAAACAGAACGAGGAGCUUGUGAGCCAUAAGGAUGAGCUGCUGAAGAAACAGAAACAACAACAAGCACGUGAGCAUGACCUGGUACGGGAAGUUGAGGACCUGAGAGAGAGAAUCUUCAUGUGCUCUACUGAGUACAAGACGUUGUUCCAGAAAAAUCAUAAACUUCAGAAGAAACUUGAGAAAAUGGAAAAGUUUAGUGCUAGAUCUAAAAGCAAGAGUGACAGUGGAGAAAACUCUGAGAAAUGUACAUCACCUGAAGCUGAAGGCUCUGUGGAAGGCCCCGCCCUUGUUAGGCAGGUUAGCAUGACCUCAGAGCUGCAGGAGAAGCUGAACCUUGUGGCUCAGGAGCUAGAGAAGAAAGAGGCUAAGAAAGGCAAGUACAAGAAGAUGUAUCAAGAGGAGAAAGACCGGCAGGAGCUGCUGAGGAAGCACUACUACGAGGAGACGCGGCGCUCCGAGGAGGAGAUCGAGAAGCUCAGGAGGAAGAACGCAGAUAUGCAGGCUGAGUUUGAGCUCAAGUACAGGUCCAUGCAGAACCUGUUGUCACAGAGAGAGAAGGAGAUAGAAGAGCUGGCCAGGUCCCGGCGCCACAUGGUGGAGUUACAGCAGGAUAAAGACCGUAAGCAGGAGUCUCCCAGGAAAGUGCCGGACCAGACUGUUAUUAACGUCAACCCAGGCUACCCAGCUCUUAUGUUUCCUAACCCAUACGACAAGGACGGGGCAUCUGAGCGGAUUGCUGUGUGUUACCCUCCGCAGAUGAGUCAGGCGUACUCCUUCCCCCAGCCCUCAGCACUGCACGAGUACCCUUCCCAAGUCUCUCACAAGUCCUCUGCCUCCUCCUCUGCUGGCUCCAGCAGACAAGGUCCUCCGAGUGAUGAACCGGACUCUGUUCACGUGUCCUCUGGGCCCCUAGACCCCCCACUGACCCCAUCAGGACCCCUUGACCCCCCUCUGCAGCCUACAGUCCUGCCCCUGGCCAAAGUGGCAGCUGUGAUAUCUACUCUGCAUCCAGCUACAGAUGCAAAACCAGUGAAUGAAGACUUUGUGCUGACAAUGGAGACUAGUAUGGAUGGGGAAACUAUGGAGAAGGAGCCGAUUGAGCCCCGGGUCACCCCCUCAGCCCCAGUGGUCGGGGACAACCCAGACGGAGAGGAAGAAAAGUACCAGGAUGCUGCAGGAGAGGCCAUGAAGUUAUGCCCAAGCUGUAACAAGACGUUCCCACAUGACAUCGAUGAGAAUGACUUUACACUGCAUGUCGUGAGUCACUUUGGCCGUAUCUGUCCCCUGUGUGAAGCACAGCUUGAGGCCGACAGCUCCGACUCCGAUUUUGAGAGGCAUGUGAAUGGUCAUUUCAAGGAUUAACUAUUUGGAUCAAAUAUUGCACCAUUGUCAUACUGUGAACAUGGAUGAUCACCAUUUGUGGUUUGUUUCUAAACAACCAUGUAUAUGUUAGAAACACUAACAUGGUUUGUCUUUUGACCAGUCUAAAGUCUGUUUUCUUAUGCUUUUGUGUGUUAAGCUUGCCUUUAUUAUUAACCCAGGUAUUUUUUCAACAUUGUAUUCAUAUUGUUUUACUUCUUGUGUUUGUCUUCAUGCAGGUGUUUUUUGAAUGGAGACCAACUUUUUUCCAUUAAACGUCCACCUGAGAGUAGUUUAAAUAGACGUUUCCUGAUGCACUUUCUUUUGAACAAGGAGAUCAAAUCAUUUUACAAACUGAGAUCUCCUGUGCCAUAUUUGUGUAUGCUUAUAUAUACAUGGUUUGUGUAAUGGAAGAUCAGGAAAGAUACAUGAUAGUCAGAAGAACGUUGUUACAGAUGAAAAAACAAAAUGUUCCAGGAUAGUGUUGUCAGAUUGCUUGAACCUUCUGUUAUGCAUAUUGUUUAAUUAUGGCCUGUGCAUAAAUUGCUGGAAUACUUUAAUGCAGUGUUACUGUUGAGGUUUUCAUUAGUUUAUUGCGUCUCUCUUAAUAUGACAUGUAAAUAUUGUUGUGUGUUGUUGUGCCAUGAUCACAUUAGUGAUAAAAUCUGUUGAAAUUAUGGCCAGGCAGAAACAAAAAAAUUACUGUAUUUAUCAUGCGAUGUACCAACAACAGUUUCCAUCCUGCAGUAAAUAUUGAAAAAAUACCAGCUACAGUAACACUGAGAUUCCAAAAUGCUCUGUUAAUCCUUCCAAAGCUGGAGAGGUAAAAAUGAAGGAAAGCCAAACACUGCCUGCUUAAAACGAGUGUCACUAAUUGGACAAGUUACAUGUACACCCAUGGUACAUGUACUUGUAUGUCUUCUUGUGUAGGCUGGUCUACUUUUAUCUACAUACUGAUACAGGAAGUGUGGUCUCUUUCCAUACAUUACUCUCUGAAGAUUCAGUUACAUAUUAUUAUUUUCGUUUAAGGGAGAGCAGUAUGUGAAUUCAUGAGGACAAGAAGCCACAAUGUAGGCCUGCUGGUUUAAAAAAAAUUUUUAAUCUCUUUGUUGGUUUUUAUUCAUGGUCUCGGAAGUAUCUGUUUCAUCAUUUGCUUCACAAUAAUGAUGGUAGUAAAAACACUCAAGAUUAAAACAGUUUUAAAUAGAUUUUACAAAACUAACAAUUUAGAUAAUAUUGGUUAUCAACUUGGCAACCUAAUGACCAAAAUGAACAAGUGUUCUUCAUUUGUGUCUGUAGGUGAACCUGUUUUUUGGAUUUACCCCCAAAUAAAUUUCUGCCUUUUGGGUCAAAAUACUUCAGAGAUAUGAAUAUAAACACAUUAGUCUGUAUUGUACCAUGCAAGUUGUUAUAUUUUAUGAUCAAAGUGCUUGAGUGUGUAUUGUGUUGCUUUUAACCUGGGCAAUAUAUAUCCAUGAAGACACAUUUGUUUAUUGUUUUUUGGGGGGGGUUUUUUGGUUUAUAAUUAAUGGCCUGAAAACACAAUUCUGUAUGGUUUGUGAGUAUAAUCAUUUGUAUAGGGAAAGCCAUUUUACUUAUAUUGUGAUCAGCCAUGUGUUCAGGAAGUUGGGGCUCUGUGAAUGCCGAGUUACGCUCAGCACAUCUGCCCUCUAUAUAUGUUUGAAUUCUGAAUUAGAUAUACUGUUUUAUAUAUUGUGACGAAGGUAAUAAAAUUUAUGGGAUUUCACAAGAGUUUGGUGAGAAAGAAUUAAACACAUACAAGUGACGAUUGUUUCUAUAAUUAUUAUUAACUUUAAACCAUGUUUGUCUUGUGGAAUUAUCACCAAAAACAAUGUUACGGGGAAACUCCAGACAUGGCUAAAUUUGACGAGAUCCAUGUGCUCUUUCAGCGACAGUUGUGGAAUGCCUUGAUUUGUACCAGAGACCUUGCUGAUGUAAAUUUUAAUGUUACAUAUAAGUAUAUACAAAAUGUAUAGACUGCCCUCCUGACAGUUAAUCAUGGAUAUAUACAUUUAGUUAACAAUGUUUAUGUGUGUAAGUGUAGCGGGUGAUUGGUGUUUCUACUUAUGUGCCAUUUUGCAUGGCCAUUCAAUAUAUGUACAUGUACAAGUACAAGGUCUGAAGUGUAAGUUCGAUAUCAAUAAUUAAACUUUUAUCUGAUAUAUGUGUUUAUGAUGAAGUGUGUGGUGGUUCAGUACUAACUAUGUCUUGGGAUAUUUUGACUAUUGGUUUGUGUUGAAGUGUGCUUGUACAUAUGUAGUAAUAGCGGGUCAAGGUGUAUAUUCCCAAUGCACAUAUUUACACUGUGACAUAUGAUAGGAGCAUACUGUAUACGGAUAUGUUUUUUAUACAUGUACUUGAACGGAAAGAAAGUGCUGUGCAGUGUCCAUCAGUGCUGAGAAAUUAGAGGAAAUAAAGGCUGUGAUAUACCAGUUUACUGGUAGCAAAUAGGUGAAGAGAAGUGUAUAGGGUUUCUCUGCUAAACUUUUCUGUAUUAAUACAUAGACCCACGUCAUUAAUAUGGUACAGAAAUAUCAUGAAUUGUGGCUUUUUAAUGAAAUCUUGAGUUCUUGACUAGUGGUGUGAACAAAAUUUAUGGCUGAAUGAUAAGUCCAAGUGACCAUUUUACAUUGAGGCAGUGGCAUGUCUGAAAAAGCUGAACAUGAAUUCUUCAAAUACACAUGCGUGUAUGAAAUGGUUGAGUUUAUUACAGGGGUAUUCACUUCUACAGGCAAGUGGAUAUCCUACAGUUUGGACUGAAAACAAGUAGGCCUAAGGUGUGAGAUGAACAUUCCACAUGAGAAUCAUCUGUUUUGUCUGUUUUGAUUUCAUCUAUAGGCUCUAACAUCAUGGCUGUUCAUAUGCAGGCAUCUACAUGUACACGUGGGCCUAUUUUGGGUAAUUUGUUGGCUUCUGUUUGGUUUUGAUUAUAACACGUUGAACAAUGUAUUCAGGAUAAAUAUUGUAAUUGUUUGGUUUAAGACAAUUUUCAUUUUGUGCUAUAUACUGUAUGGUCCUAGAAUUCCUGUAAUUAUAGCUGAUUAUAAUUGGCUGUUCUGUGAUUAGAUCUGCUGGCCUGUCUAGUGUUCACUUAACAUUGUCAGUUGCACUGUACUGAUAACAUGUCCAAUAGGCCUACUGGUAACUCACUAGUAUCCUGCCUUAGGCUCAGUGGAGUACCUGUUGUGAGCAAAAGAUCAGUUAUCAGCAGGAUUUAUACAUGUACAUGUACUGAAGUGAGGUAGCAGCGAUAUGGAUCUAUAUGGACCUACAUGUAUUGUUUUUGAUCUUAGCAAUACAUAUUAAACAUUUGUUUCCGCUUUUUUCCUUAUAACUAUUUACUUAUAAUAAAUGUUUAUAUGAUAA